AUGAAACCACUCGAGGAGUUAGCUGAUGCAGAAGGCAUUGUGCAUUUUCAUCUUCAUCUGUACGAACCAGAGAAGGACACAGAGAAACUUCGGCUAGGACAGCGUUACUUAGUUUUCAAGUCGGGCUUAACAAUCGACGUUGUGGGUAGAAAAACAUUUGUCGGUUCGGGACCCGGUGGAAAGGAAAAUGUGCUCGAGGUCAAUGUUAUGAAAGAUGGAGAGAUGAAAAAGGAAGACAUCACGGUUGAAUGGCUGCCUCAGGAUCACCACAAACCGUUUCUUGGUGGAUAUCGUCAUAUAAUCGACAAAAAGCGAUUUCUUCACGCAUAUGUUCAAACAAAACGAUUGCCCCGACCUCAACCUGAAGUUGAAGUUUUUUCUAGAGAUGCUCAAACGUACAAAAUGAAACAUUUCGGGCAAGCAACAGUAAAUCAUAUGGCAACUCAAUUCCCGAAACCUGGAUUCUUCGUUUCUAACUAUCAAGAUAAACUCAAGACUCCUGGAGUAUACGAGACAGCCGACGAGUAUCUCGCCAGAAUACUAAAACAGAUCAUUAUCAUACAAAAGUAUACCCGCCGCUGGUUAGCGAAACGCCGAGUGGAUCGCCUGCGAAAAAUCAGGGAUGCCUACUUGCAGUGGGAAAGAGAACAUGAAGCGGCAUUGAAGCAGGAUAGACAAGCGCGUGUGAAUAAAGAUCUUGAGAGACGAUUACAUCCCAAAUGCCGUGCUGAUUUCGAUCGUUUAUUUAACGCACUCGAGCAAUGGAAACAAGCAGAGAUAGCCAAAAUCAAUGGUCAAAAUCUGUCCACAGCUGAGCGUAAAGCCGCGUUAGCCCUCCUAUUGGAUGAAGAAACGGAGCUCAUUGCAGCGAUUGGUCGUCAUCAGUUGUGUGCAUCGAGGAAGGGAAAUGAGACUGCCCAGGUAAAGUUGUUAAGAAAAGCGGCGGCACCAAUUCGAUGGUUAUCAUCAAUAAACGGGAGACCGCUGGAGAUUGAAACCCCGCAAACAUUACGCGCCAAAGAAUUGCUCGAUAUCUACAUCUCGUUGUCUAUGGAGUGUUUGACACAAGAAGAGCGAUUAGAUAUAUUACUAACAGCAAAACGCAUCGUUGGCGAACACCAGAUGAAAAUAGGCAGAGAGAUUAUUGGUCUCAUCGAUCGUGAGGCGGAGCUCAUUAUGCGCGGAGUGAAGGACGAACAAUUGAAAGGACUAAGGCGACGCAUUUUGAGCCGUUUUGUAAAGUUCUCAGAAAUACCAGAAGUUAAUCCGGAAAUUGCCAACUAUCUGAACGUACCGACCGGGGAUCGAGAGAAGAUUGUCGACGCACUCCGUGGUAAUAUACAGUACUGUCUUUCCUGUGAUAAAUAUUUGAAAAUAUCUGAGUUCCCACUUAGCGCGAGAGCAAACCGAUUGGCACCUUGCAAAGCAUGCCGUAGACAGGACAACAGAGCAAGAAAGCGCUUAGAUUUAGCUCCAUAUCAGCACAUUCUAAUGGAGCUUAGGAGAAGCGAGAUGAAUUUGGUACAAAAAGCCCGGGAGCAUGCACACGAGGAUGCCAAAGAAGCUGAAAUACAACGCCUCGAGAGAGGAGAAAUACCUCAACCGGAAGCUACCAUGGAGAUCGACGGUAGUGAUCCGAACGUACUCAACACAAACCCAUUUCCUUUCCUUAUCAGCAAAGAAGAUAUUCAAUUUUUGGUCGAUGAUGUAUGGGAACGUAGAUCCGUUUUGUNUGGAUGGAUGGACAUCACUGACCUGGUACUCACGCGUUGGCGAAUAAACGAACCAUGGUCACCGUGGAAUACUAUUUUGGUGACACGAGAAGAAAGUGAGGCACAUAUUAGGUUGGGAAAAUUAAGCCUCGAAGCGGCUUAUGCAGAUGCGUUGUUAGACACCGUAAACCAGCGACUAGUGAUGGGUCAGAAUGCUUUUCGGCGGUUGCGUAAGAAUGGAAUUCGAAUGGCAUACGAACAAGUCGUAGCAGCACAAAGAAUGAAGAACCCGGAAAGCACAAUCGAGUGGUUGCGAGAGCGUCGGCAGCGACUACCUCCACUAGUACCCCAUCAACAACUGGAGAGCGACUCGGAGAUGAGACAUAAGGCGAUAUAUCAACCGCCAUCUUUUCAAUUACCCGCCAUCAAAGGCGAGAAAAAGUGGAGCGAGAUCCAAGGAAAAGUUCAACCUGCAUGA